ACAACGCCUCUUGUUGCAACAAAAGGAUGCCAACUUGCAUGCCUUAACAAUGCAACAAACAACAACAACAACAACAACAACAACUGCAGAAGGACAAGCUGAUGACAUAGAAAUGUCCUCAAACGACAUUGACUUUCCAACCUUAAAGUCAACCAUCCUACCACCCGCACCACCCGCACCAAUUACAACCUCUGCAGCUUCGAAAUGGGCUCAAGCAUUUCCUAACAUUAAACAAGCUCCUCACCGUCCUCCUACUCAAAAUCAAACCAAAAACAAUACAAAAAAUAAAAAAAAUAAUAACAAAAAAAUAAAUAAUAAAAACAAUAAAACUAACAAUACUACUAACCCUACCUCUACUUUUACUAAUCCCCCUCCUAGAAAAAGAAAAGAGGAUAUCACAAAAAAAUUCAACAUCGCCAUUAGAGCAUUUACGGCUCCUAAUGAACACCAACAGCAGGGCUUCUCAUAUGUCUACUACCCCGCUAAAAAUCGUAUCAGUCGCAAAAUACAGCGCAAAAAUCUUACUAUCCUUGGCGUCAACAACAGUCGCAUCUUAGACAUUCAUUACCCCAGUCGUAAUGUUGUUGCACUCUUGGUACAUAAUGAUUAUCGUAAUGAUCUCAUUAAUACCCUGAAAUUAGCCCAAGUUAAUCCUCUCGAGGAUUAUUCACCUACUGCUCCCUCCUCAUUAUCAGAUCCCAUUUAUAAAGAUCUCAGCAAUGACGAAAAGCAAAAGAUUGCAACAGAAAAACAAAACCAACGUCUUGUUCGCGCCCUUCCUUUUAUUCGAACAAACAUAUCUAAAGCAGUAGCUCGUUUCUUUGUUAAUGAAAACCUCAUUACAAAUGAUCAAUAUAACGAUUUUAUUACUUCCUUAAAACAUACAGAAGCAAAGUCUUCUCCAUCUAAAGGUAGUAAUAAACUCCCCAUCACCCCUAAUAAAUUCAAAAUACAACAAACUCAACAACCACAAUCAUUAACCUCCGCCAUGGAGGUCACUCUCUAAAAAAAAAAAAA